GUCUCUAGAAGAAGGAUCUACAACUCCCAAAGUGCCGAUCGAGAGAAGAAGAGAGAAUCAUCGAGGAGACAGAGAGAGAAAGAGAGAGAAUCAUCGAGGAGGCAAAGAGAGGAAGCAUAAGGAGUUGUUGAGGAUCCCUUCUUGUUAUCGCUAAAGUCCGAGAGGAAAACUAUACAUGUGGCCAUGAUGCGGCUCCUGAAAUUCUGACGAGUAACAUGUUAGAACAUCUCUAUUGCAACAACAAUAAGAUAUGGAGACGCCACAAACAACGAUGCACCAUACACCGGAACAACAACAAUCUGUGCAGACUCCACAACAACAAGAAUCGUUAGCUUCUCAUUUUAAUGUCUAUCAUUUGGUGAAAAAAUUAUCAGAAGCGACUGAAACUGGAACACGAGAUCAGAAUUCUGAUGCCCUGGUGGCUGAAGUAGAUAGCCAUUUCGACAAGUGUCAACAGCUCUUUUAUUCGAUUUCAAGAUCCCUAGGAUCUAACAAUGAUGAGUAUGUUGAUGGUCAAAAGGGAAAACUAGAAGAAAGUGAACAAUUGCUUCAACAAAAAACGGCAUUGAUUGAGGAAGAAAUCUGCUGAAGAGAUUGUGAAGAAAGAGCCUUAGUUCCAUACUUCCAUAUACUGUAUAUUAUCUCCUAAGAUGUUUGGAACAUACAUUAUUAUUUUUUACUCUAUCAGCAAUUUUGGUGCUAUAUACCAAGAAUUGUAAUCAGUAUACCAUUACAUUUUAAUCGGGUUGAUUGGGAUAUCUGUAAUAUGGUAAACCAUUACAUUAGAUAUAUUAAACCUAAAAA